UGUUGGAAGAAGAAGCAAUAAAAACGUGCAUUGUUUUGUGGGGUUGAAAAUACGCUUUACUUUUAGGAAUUUCGGAGAUUUUAUUGAAAAAUACACAAAACAAUGACGGAGAAACGUAAAAUCAAACAAUUCCAUGAAAUGGAAUUAGAUGAUCGUAUUCUAAAGGCCAUAUCAAAAAUGGGCUGGAGCGAACCCACAUUGAUACAAGAGGCCGCCAUACCUUUGUUAUUGGAAGGUAAAGAUGUCAUAGUCAAGGCUCGCACUGGUUCUGGCAAGACAGCAGCCUUUGCCUUGCCCUUGAUACAAAAGAUCCUCAAUUCCAAAUUGAAUGCUGCCGAACAAUGUAUCAGUGCCUUAGUUUUGGCUCCCAGCAAAGAACUUUGCCAACAGACACGCAAAGCUAUGGAACAAAUGAGCGAAAAAUGUGGUAAAGUUUUGCGUGUUGUCGACUUGUCAUCUAGCGACACUGUGGCACAACGGCAUGUUCUCUCCGAAAGACCUGAUGUUGUUGUAACCACUCCAGCUAAGGUUUUGGCACAUUUACAAUCGGGCGCAAUGGAUUUAAAACAUCUGGAAACAUUGGUAGUGGAUGAAGCCGACUUGGUGUUUUCAUUUGGUUUUGAGAAAGACGUAAAGAAAUUAGUUGAAUAUUUACCACCAAUUUAUCAAGCCGUUUUAGUCUCGGCCACAAUAACCGAAGAUGUGAUGAAUAUGAAAAAUAUCAUUUUAAAUAAUCCGGUAAUUUUGAAACUUGAAGAGCCAGAGCUGGUGCCAGAAAGUCAGCUGUCUCAUCAGCGCAUCUUGGCCGAAGAGCUGGAUAAACCGGCAAUUUUAUACGCUUUGCUAAAAUUGCGUUUGGUACGUGGCAAGAAUGUUAUUUUCGUCAACUCAGUGGAUCGUUGUUAUAAGUUGAAAUUAUUCUUGGAACAAUUUAGCAUAAAAUCCUGCGUCCUCAACUCAGAACUGCCGGCAAAAAUUCGCAUUCAUACUAUUAAUCAAUUUAAUCAAGGAAUUUAUGAUUUUAUUAUUGCCUCUGAUGAACAUAUGUUGGAAAAUCCUGGUCGCAACAAAUCUGAUCGCGAAUCGGGAGCAUCAAGAGGCAUUGAUUUCCAAUGUGUCACCAAUGUCAUUAAUUUCGAUUUUCCCAAAGAUGUGAAUUCUUAUAUCCACAGAGCGGGACGAACGGCUAGAGGAAAUAAUAAGGGUACGGUUUUGUCAAUGGUUAGCAUAAAGGAUAAGGAAAUCAAUGAUGAGGUGGAGGAGCGUCUAAAAGCGGGUUACAUGAGUGAGGAGCAGGUUAUAAAAAAUUAUCAAUUCAAAAUGGAAGAAGUUGAGGCAUUCCGCUACCGUGCCAAAGAUGCCUGGCGUGCUGUUACCCGUACCGCAGUCCACGAGGCUCGUGUACGUGAAAUUAAACAGGAAAUUUUCAAUAGUGAAAAACUGAAAGCAUUCUUUAGCGAAAACACUCGGGAUUUGCAAGUGCUGCGUCAUGACAAACCUUUGAAGACAGUUAAAGUACAGCCCCACUUAUCACAUGUUCCCGAGUACAUUGUGCCAAAGGCAUUGAAACGUAUUGCCACAACACCUCUAACAACAUCGUCCGCAUCGUCAUCUACCUCAAAGAAACCACGUUAUUUUAAUUCUUCUGCAAAGGCUGCCUAUGAAAGUAAGGCCAGCAAUCCUCUGCUGUGUAGCGAAAUUGAUUUUGGCAAAAAGACCGGAGGCAAUCGACGUCGUAAAUGAGUGAACAUUGGAAGGAUUGUUUUAGUUCAUUAGUUAUGUUGUAAUUUAUAAGUAAUAAUUUUAAUGUAAAAAAGAACAUUAACAUCUAAAUGUUAAGAAAAUCUGCCUUUUCAAAUGAAAUACACACGUAAUGUUGUGAUACGUACUGUAAA